GGAAUCUGUCUCUUGGGUCACGCGCUUCCCCCUCCACGUCAAGCAAUUCUUCUAGCACACUCUCCCCCUCAGCAAGCAACCGAUCUCGGGUGUUCUCUCCCUCGACAGGUGCCUUCUCUCGUCCACUAACUACCACAACAAGCAUCACUAGAUCUCCUCCUGAGUCACUGUACAGUGUUCCAACAGCUCAAAGGAGGGACACCAAAUAAAAAAACAAGUGCCUUCUCCAAUGACUUGCCUUUGUCAGGAUUGAGCAGUAAUGGAGAGCAAAGGUCUACUUCAGCUUUGACCAUAUGUACAGUUCGUGCGUUUGCGAGGGCCAACAGUCCGGUGUUCUACUACGGUGACUGACAUGGAUACAACAGCUCUGAUCUACAAGGUCCUCUGUGCCCAUAAUGGAUCAUUUGAGCUGGGAGAAUUGCGUGCCAACAUUAGCACGAUAGAAGAUGACCUGGAAAGUGUUUUAGGGAAUCAGGAGAUGUUUACCAGUGCUGUCUCUAAGGGAAACAAACUGAUAGUUGCCCAGACAAAGAUGAGGUUAUGCAGAGCUAAUGGAUGUAGUGGCUGCAGCAAUUUACACCUGUGCAAGUUCUACCUGUAUGGAACAUGUCCAUCCAAUGAGAGACAAGGAUGCCGUCUCUGCCAUGACCUGACAUCAGAACACAACAUCAGAGUCCUGAGAGAGCAUCACCUGGAGGAACUGGACAGGAAGGAGCUGUGUACAUUACUGUUGCAGAAUGACAACGCCCUUAUACCCCCAGUUUGCUUCACAUACAACAAAGGUAGUGGAGAGUACGGCUACUGUCCUGACAAGGAGAGCUGCAGAAGACUCCACGUCUGUGAGCGCUACAUCACAGGAACCUGUGCUGCGGACGUGGACUGUGGCAGGUCUCACGACUUCUACGAACCCCACCCGCUCAACACCCUGCAGCAGAGGGGAGUACCUAAUGAACUGGUGCCAUCCAUGUUGUCCACCUACCGCAACAUCCAGGCAAUCAGGGAUACAAAUUAUGCUAGUGACAACCCACGUUGCAAAAUUGACUCUGGUAACCGCCUGCUGAUCUCCAAAGCUUUACCCAGUCACUGGGAUAAAUCUUCAGUACCUGAAACUGGAUUCAAGAGGGUUGCUCUGCAGAGUUCCUCAGCUGAGUACAAGAAUAUUCUGGAUCUUUUCCAUCAAACUAUGACUGGCUUCAGUGUGAAGAGUAUUGAGAGGGUGCAGAAUCGGAUCCUGUGGGAGGUCUUUUCGUGGCAAGGAGAUGUAAUGAGAAAGACAAACACAGGGAAGGAGAAUGAGAAGCAGCUCUUCCAUGGAACAGACUCUAAACACGUGGACGCUAUAUGCCUGCAGAACAUAGACUGGAGGAUUGGUGGAACACAAGGAACGCUGUAUGGGCAAGGAAGCUACUUCUCCAAGGAUGCCAAGUUCUCCCACAGCUACACCAGCCAGUCAGGAGUCAGGUCCAUGUUUGUUUGUCGUGUGCUGGUGGGAAAUUACAUGCAAGGACACUCCAGCUACCUCUGCCCACCCUCAAACGACAGAAGUCCCACAAUCUUCUAUGACAGCUGUGUGGAUGAUAUCUACAACCCCUCUGUAUUUGUGGUGAUCGGGAAGCACCAGGUGUACCCAGAGUACCUUAUUCAGUACAGGGAAGGGUCCAAGCCUGGGACCUAUGUUCCACCACCUAAUAUUGUCCAAAACCAGAGCCACCACGACAUAAACUGGCAACCUAUUCCAGUCAUGCUACACUCACAAGCCACCCCUGUGCUGCCCAACAAUGCAAGGUUCAGAUCUCCUUCCCCAACAGGACCGGCCUUUGCCCAGCCCACACUCAGUACCCAGACACUAUUUUCUCACUACUCAAACCCACCCAGGCCCCCCUCCAUUCCCUCUGUUUCAAACCCUUCAAGGCAGAGAACCCCCAGACCUACCUUAACGCAUUCUUCUGCACAGUUUAUUCCCUGAACUCCUUGACACAUCCAUCGUUUCAGCCAGGUCUGUUGACUUACGUCCCUAACCCACCACCCUGGGUCGGCUCUAUGACCUCCAUACCACACGCACCUCCGUCAAGGACAAGAAGAUCACAGUUGUCUAAAAUGAAGGCAAAAAGUAAAUCUAUGGCAUCACUAGAUAAUCUAUAAGCAUUGGUAGUCUAUUUUUUAUUUUGAAAUUUAGGGUGAAAUUACCUUUAUAUGUAUCAAUAAAUUGUAUUUAUAAUUUUGGUUUUCAGAUUAAAUAUCCACACAAUUGUGAGACAAUAUAAUAACCUUACUGUGAAUGAUUGGAGAAUGGAACGUUUCCCCUUUGUAAGCUAAUUCAUGGUUUUAUUUUGAAAUUGAAAUGUCCUUUGUAGCUCAAUUAAUUGUAUUAAUUUUAUAGUUUGACCACAUAAGAAUCAAAACUGCAUCAUUAAGGAUUGUUUUGUUCUGCGUAAGUGUGAUUAAAUAAAUUAACAUCUACAUACUUAAAA